ACUGUUGCUACGACCACAACAACCACAGCUGCUCCAACCACCACUACCACAGCUGGUCCAACCACCACAACCACAGCUGCCCCAACAACUACAACUACUGUUGCUCCGACCACCACAACCACAGCUGCUCCAACCACCACAACCACAGCUGCUCCAACCACCACAACCACAGCUACCCCAACAACUACAACUACUGUUGCUCCGACCACCACAACCACAGCUGCUCCAACCACCACAACCACAGCUGCCCCAAAAACUACAACUACUGUUGCUCCGACCACCACAACCACAGCAGCUCCAACCAAAACCACUUCUGCUCAAACCACAACAACCACAGCCGCUGCAACCACCACUACCACAGCUUCUCCAACAACCACAACAACUGCAGCUCCAACAACUACAACAACUGCAGCUCCAACAACUACAACAACUGCAGCUCCAACAACUACAACUACUGCUGCUCCAACAACUACAACAACUGCAGCUCCAACAACUACAACAACUGCAGCUCCAACAACUACAACAACUGCAGCUCCAACAACUACAACAACUGCAGCUCCAACAACUACAACUACUGCUGCUCCAACAACCACAACAACUGCAGCUCCAACAACCACAACUGCAGCUCCAACAACUACAACAACUGCAGCUCCAACAACCACAACAACUGCAGCUCCAACAACUACAACUACUGCUGCUCCAACAACUACAACAACUGCUGCUCCAACCACCACAACCACAGCUGCCACAACAACUACAACUACUGUUGCUCCGACCACCACAACCACAGCGGCUCCAACCACCACAACCACAGCUGCUCCAACCACCACAACCACAGCUGCCCCAAAAACUACAACUACUGUUGCUCCAACCACCACAACCACAGCUGCCCCAAAAACUACAACUACUGUUGCUCCUACCACCACAACCACAGCAGCUCCAACCACAACCACAUCUGCUCAAACCACAACAACCACAGCCGCUGCAACCACCACUACCACAGCUUCUCCAACCACCACAACCACAGCUGCUCCAACCACCACAACCACAGCUGCUCCAACCACCACUACCACAGCUGCCCCAACAACUACAACUACUGUUGCUCCAACCACCACAACCACAGCUGCGCCAACCACCACAACCACAGCUGCUCCAACCACCACAACCACAGCUGCUCCAACCACCACAACCACAGCUGCUCCAACCACCACAACCACAGCUGCCCCAACAACCACAACCACAGCUGCCCCAACAACUACAACUACUGUUGCUCCGACCACCACAACCACAGCUGCUCCAACCACCACAACCACAGCUGCUCCAACCACCACAACCACAGCUGCCCCAAAAACUACAACUACUGUUGCUCCAACCACCACAACCACAGCUGCCCCAAAAACUACAACUACUGUUGCUCCUACCACCACAACCACAGCAGCUCCAACCACAACCACAUCUGCUCAAACCACAACAACCACAGCCGCUGCAACCACCACUACCACAGCUUCUCCAACCACCACAACCACAGCUGCUCCAACCACCACAACCACAGCUGCUCCAACCACCACU